AUGCACGUCGGGUCAUACGAGACUCAAGUACAUAUACGAGCCUACAGUUUCGGCUUCGGACCUCCCUGGCUCUCCUACUACACUCAACGCCGACCACGCAACAUUGCAAUCGAUCCGAACACCAUGCAUCCCGUCAAAGCGGUUUUCGUCUGUGCUGGUCUGCCGUCCAUUUACGCGGCUGUUCACGUAAAGAAAGACCAAGAAUUUCACAUACCGAACAUCUACGCACACCAGCCCAGCGGAAGGCCAGGCAACAGCCCCUACUGCACUGUGUCUUUUGAUAUUAUCGAUGUUGCCACUCAAACAAACACCAGUUGCUUUGUUGAGCAUGGCCCCUGCGUGUCCAAUAGCAAGGAGCCCAAGAAGCCUUUACCAACCAAGGACAACCCACAGUCUUGCGAUAAUACGGACUUCAGCUUCUACCUACCUGAAUACCAAUACAUCGGCAACUAUACCGUGCAUGUAGAACACUGCUUUUUGAAAGGAUGCACGAAUCUCAUGCAUGAGGCCACAAGCAAAGUCAUCAACAAGGCCAAUUACCCGGCCGGCUACCAUUAUACAUGUGGGGGCAGUGGUGUGUGUAAUGCCUACUACAGCAGCAUCACUGAUCCUAUCGCUCUACCUUUCCAGAAGGACUGCAACCAGGAUUGA